AUGAGUUUCAUACAACAAGGUUUGCAAGGACUUCUGCUCGACGGCGAGAGUGGGUCGCCAAAAAAAUCUGCAGAAGCAUCGACGGCCGCUCGCGAAAGGGGCAACAAACUGUACAGAAGCACCACUCAUACCAAGAAAAUCUACCUCGACACUCUGUCCUGCUACUCCGAAAGCGCGGCUUUGGCGGAGGAUGGCUCAGAGGAACUGGCCCUGGCCUACUCCAACAGAUCAGCUCUGCUGUUUCGUUUGCACAAGUACCAGGAGUGUCUCGUUGACAUCAAAAUGGCCCAUCAGAUCACCAAGUCGGACGAGCUGAGGGUGAAGCUUCUGACCCGAAAAAUGAAGUGCAUGAAGCUGAGGAACGACAAGAGCAACUCCAUUGGCUCUGGUAAUGUCGAAGCUGUCGAGUCUCUCGCUGUUGGCAACAGGUCCCCGACCAUCCCGUGCGCCUACGACUGUGUCACUCUGGCCCACAACGAGAAAUUUGGGACGCACGUGGUGGCCACCAAGAACAUAGAACCUGGACAAGUCAUUGUGAUUGAGAAAGCCCUUGCUCAGUUUCCCUCGAGGGACAAGACCUACCUGGUUUGCUCCCAUUGUUUGGCCUUUGCUUGCAAUGGGUUGCCGUGCAAGUCUUGCGUGGUUGUGAUAUACUGCUCGGAAAAGUGCAGGAAAGAGGCUUGGGCGCAGUAUCACGAUGCUGAAUGCGUUGUUUUGCCGUACACAAAAUACACGAUCUUUGAGGUACUUAAAUUCGAUCUUGGAAUUGAGGAUUCAUUGUUGCUGGCGAUUCGAUUACUCAUAAAAUUGGUAAAAAGAGAGGGUUUACUCAAUGUUGUCGAAGGUGCCCGUGAGAUCGAUGAUUUGCACAGUAGAGGUUCGUAACUGC